AUGCCGCCGUCAAGCGAGAAGUACAAGCCGAAGAAGUCGAUCAUGAAGAUAGCCGUGAAGCCGCAAAAGAGCACAGCUACUCUGGCACGCUCUGUGCAUUCGACGGGCGCUUCUCACGACAAAGAGCAACACACCGGCACAGCUGUCAAACCAGCCAAACCUCGGCAAAAAAUCUCCAAACGACACCUUUUGAUUGUGAUACACCGCCUUGUGGUGAUAGCGUCUGCGUUCCAGUACAUCUUCAUCUCCGUGGCCGCGACGUGGCGAACAGUACAGGAACUUCGUGCCAUGCCCAAUCCGACCGAGGCUUUCGAAGUCUACUCGGCAUCACUGAUAGCAACAUACAUGGGGAACGGGCUCAUCCACGACAGUCCACUGGUCCAAAACGAUUUAGAUGGGGACACCUCUCCACGAGACUAUGUAGUCUUUCUCGAGUCCGAGACCAAAACGUCCACGGAAGGUUGCUCCGAAGUACCGCUAUUUAACUCGGACAUUUACAACUACGGCUUCCUCAGCCUCGGAUACGAUAAAAUGGUGAAUGAUACGGCGUACACCAACACUAUCGUGAGCGAGUUAGAGCUGGUGACGAUUGUAAUCGACUGCAGUUUUACACAACUGCAGCGGGGGGAUAUUUCAGCUGUUCGUGCGUUCAACCUGCUACGGUCAAUGAAGGAUCAUAACGAGAUGUACGUGGCCACUGUGUCUCUAUCUGUACAAGACUACAGGAUCCGCGCUCGCAAGAAGUCUGGUCCAGCUCUUGUAGGCAUGCUGACGCUGGUGGACGAUAUGCGGUCAGAGACGGUCGAGCGCUUCUACAUUGUGGCAACGGCCUACCUAUCUCAACGAAACCUAGAACUGCUGGUAUACGAGUUUGUUGGGAUUACAGAAGAUAGUUACAUGGAGCUUCGAAGCAUUCCACGCGACCCAUUGACGGAAUCUGUGGAUCAUUUAAUCACCGCGAGGGAACGGGGCUUCUACGAUGGCGACGACCAGUCGAAUAUCCGCUACAUGUACUUCUUACUGGAGUCCGACGCCGUGAAAGCAUUGACGCUUUGGGAAUGGCUGGGUGAACCGGUGAUCGCCGAUUCUUGGGCCUGGGUACACGGUAUCCACUUGGUCUUUGCCAUGCAAACCAUGUUUUCACUCGUGGUGCUUUUCCUUGUCAUGUACCAAAACUUCCUCGCUGGUAAAAUUUGGAUCGGCGAUCCUUUCGCGUCUUUUUCAACCACAACGGUCAUCUUACGCGGGGCCAUAGUGGUGGUGACAUGGUACGUCAACUCGUUCUGGACGCUGUUCGAGUUCGCCAUGAGCAACGCAGCGAUCCUAUCAGGCACCGAAAUCAUCCGCGUUCAUGAAGAACUGGUGCAUGCCGACGUUCUGGUGGUGUACCUCAGUGUGGUCGCGAUAAUCAGCUCCGUGAUCCGAGAGCGAAUCCCGCCGUCCAUUGCCAUUUUCCUCUUUGAAAUCAUCCACAAGCAUCGGUUGGUCUUUAUUCGGAUCUGUCCUCCUGUACUUCAAGAGAUCGUCAACUACUCCAACAACGUCUUCAGUCUGGCAGGCUCAGUGGUGUCAAGGGCAAGCGCAGUGCACUUUGCAACGGCGUUCCCGAUACCGGAAAAGGAUGACACUUUCCUGGCUGCGUCAUUCUUUCCCAAGAUCUCCAUGCUGGGGAUGAUUGUCGUGUACGCUCUAAUGCGGAAAGCCUACUGGUACCUUUACCCUGAAGACAAACGCCAGAAGUCAAGCAAAAGCGUUGCAGAGCAAAGCUCCAAUGCAGAUGACGCCGUUGUGCUAAAGGGGGACCUGACCAAUUUCGAGGUGUCAACAGGAGCCAAGCUACAAGCGCGUUUCGGUGUCAUCUCGGACUAUAGGAAUUACGUCUACUUCAAAGGGAUGAAGUUUGCAUCGGCCGACGGUGUCUACUGCUCCGGGUACGUGAUCGUGAACGGCAAGUAUUUAAUGCGGUCCGAAGAUCUACCGGCAGUGGCGAUGAUGAAGUUGGUGAAUACCCGCUUCUCGAACGUCCACGUCUACGAGGUGGAUGGCAACAACGUAAAGGACACGGCGCGACUAGUUUAUCCAGACACGCUCUGUUGGGACGAUCUGUGGAGACUGAACGUUACGGUCCUGUUGUAA